AACAAAAGAUCACACAUACACAAAAGAAGUAGAACUAAAAAAUGGCAAACCUUCCAGUCUUUACGUUCAUAUUCUCCGCACUUUUUCUCAUCUCCACCGCGACAGCCGCUACAUUCGAAAUCCUGAACCAAUGUAGUUACACCGUGUGGGCUGCCGCAAGCCCCGGAGGUGGCCGACGUCUAGAUGCCGGCCAGUCAUGGAGGCUAGAUGUCGCGGCCGGCACUAAAAUGGCACGGAUUUGGGGUCGGACCAACUGCAACUUUGACUCCUCAGGCCGUGGCCGAUGCCAAACUGGUGACUGCAGUGGUGGACUUCAAUGUACUGGUUGGGGACAGCCACCAAACACGUUGGCUGAAUACGCUUUGAACCAAUUCAACAACUUAGACUUCUACGACAUCUCCCUUGUCGAUGGCUUUAACAUUCCUAUGGAGUUUAGCCCAACUAGCUCGAACUGCCAUCGGAUAUUAUGUACCGCAGACAUAAAUGGACAGUGUCCGAACGUACUGAAAGCCCCAGGCGGAUGCAACAACCCGUGUACGGUAUUUCAGACGAACCAAUACUGUUGUACGAACGGUCAGGGAUCAUGUAGCGACACUGAGUACUCAAGAUUCUUCAAACAGAGAUGUCCUGACGCGUACAGCUAUCCACAAGACGACCCGACCAGCACUUUCACUUGCACCAACACUAACUACAGGGUCGUGUUUUGUCCUAGAGCUAGGGUCGCUGCUACUGGAUCCAACCAGCUCCCGAUCAAGAUGGUCACAGAGGAGAAUUAGUAGACUGGUAUCUACUGUAUAUGUGUGUGUGUGUGUGAGUGUUUACGUGUGUGAUCGUAUUUGCGUGACCAUCAACGCUCAAUGGAUAAUAAUAAUAAAGGCAAGCAAUAAUAAUUACGUUGGUCGACCCACGUAUAAGUUGGACUUA